AUGGAGCUCAACUGGGCCCCCGAUCACUGUCUCGCUUGUGACAAGCAGACCGAGUGUGAGACCUACUGCUCUCAGUCCUGCCGCCUCGCAGAUCUCGAGAAAUCUGCAAAUUGGUCAGGUUCCACCUCGCCAACCACACCAAGCUGGACCUCGUCCGACUCCAACAGAGGAUCAGGCUUCUACCUAUCACCCGCCUUCAACUUUGCUGCCUACAAAACCACUCAGACAACGCCUAACUGGCCCACUUCUCCACAAACAUCGUACUUUUCCACCACCACCACCACCACCUCCUCUACAACCCAGAAUGCUCCCUCACGGACAUUGUCGCCCUCUUCAUCCCGCUCCUCGCUCACCUCUACCACCACCACUUCGAGCACCUCAUCACAUCAAACCCCACUUUCAGAACAAGCCCGCAGCGAGCUUCGCGGCUACACGAAUUCUUUCGAUAGUACACGCAAUUGGAGGAGGCGGAUGACUUGGUCAUGA